ACUUCCCAGCCCUCAGGUGCACAGCCCCAACUCUCUCCACCUUCCUUCAGUCCCAGUUUAGUCUCCUUCUCCCCCUUUCUAUCAUCCAAAUUCCCCAGUCCUUGCACUACCUGCCAUUCUCCAGCUAAAAACAUCUCAUGGUUUAGUUUACUCUGCUAAGAAAAAGAGCAAACAAAGCUACAAUUCUGUUUCAAAGUUGGUAACACCAGUUUUUCUAGUUCAGCGUCGUCAUGGCGAUCCUUCGAGCGCUGUUCUCUAUCUGGAUGAUGGUCACAUUGCUAUCAUUGGGUCCCCGGAGCUCGCUGGGAAGAUCUCAUUUCCACAAGAAGCAAAAGAGUACUCCUAAAAACAAGGGAGGCCAUGGCAUUGCGGCCCCUGUAAACGCCCCACCUGACUCGCCAAGUACUUCUACUACCCCCGAUCCCUGCAAUUCAAGCUCGGAUCCAUGUAUCUUCGAUGUGAGGUCCUUCGGUGCGGUGGGCGAUGGUUCCGCCGACGACACCAAAGCAUUCCGGUCGGCAUGGAAGGCAGCCUGCUCAGCUGAAUCAGGUAUCCUGCUCGUGCCGUCGGAUGGCGUCUUCAUGAUCACUUCCACAAUCUUCACUGGCCCGUGCCAACCGGGGCUUGUGUUUCAAGUGGAUGGAGUUUUGAUGCCGCCUGACGGCCCCGACCUCUGGCCGCAGUCCGACAGCAAGCUCCAGUGGCUCGUGUUCUAUCGACUCGAUGGGAUGACUCUGAGAGGAGGGGGAACAAUUGAAGGGAAUGGAGAAGACUGGUGGAACCUCCCCUGCAAACCCCACAGAGGCCCAAAUGGAUCCACACUGCCCGGACCUUGCAGCAGUCCUGCACUGAUCAGAUUCUUCAUGAGCUGCAACCUGAUUGUGAGAGACCUGCGCAUUGAGAACAGCCCACAAUUCCACAUCAAAUUUGAUGGCUGCGAAGGGGUGCACAUCGAAGGCCUCACGAUAAAUUCGCCUGCUCUGAGUCCAAACACCGACGGCAUCCACGUCGAGAACACAAAGUCCGUCGCCAUCUACAAUUCAAUGAUAAGCAAUGGUGACGACUGCAUCUCUAUUGGGCCUGGUUGUUCUGACGUUGACAUAGAGAACAUCACCUGCGGGCCAGGUCACGGCAUAAGCAUUGGAAGCCUCGGGAUCCACAACUCUCAAGCUUGUGUCUCAAACGUAGCUGUGAGGAAUGCGGUGAUAAGGCACUCCGAUAAUGGUGUAAGGAUCAAGACAUGGCAGGGUGGUACGGGGAGCGUAUCGAGUAUUAGCUUCGACAUGGUAUACAUGGAGAACGUAAAGAACUGCAUCAUCAUAGACCAAUACUAUUGCUUGGACAAGAAGUGUCGGAAUGAGACGUCGGCGGUCUACGUAUUCGACGUCUUGUAUACUAACAUCAAAGGGACAUACGAUGUACGAAGUGCCCCGAUACACUUCGCAUGCAGCGACACUGUUCCGUGCACCAAUAUUACCAUGUCGGAGGUGGAGCUGCUACCUUAUGAAGGGGAGCUCGUCGAUGAUCCCUUCUGUUGGAAUGCUUAUGGGGUCACUCAGACCCUCACAAUCCCUCCUAUCUCUUGCUUGCAGGAUGGGCAGCCUCAGAAUCUCCAGGACAACCCUAAUUACAACUGCUAACAUUGCACGCUUUAGCUAUAGCAAAUGGCAGCCACAUAUAGAACAUAGAAUAAAGUCCAAGACCCGUAUAGCUCGUGAACAAUUUCUUUUACUUCAUUGUUCCAGCAAUUGUGGGUCUUGCAUACAGCUUGUGCACCUUUUCUAUAUGUAUUUGCUUCCAUGUAUUUGUGUUCUUCUUGUAUAUGGUCUAUUGGCCCCAAGAGUAGUUUUGAAAGCGUGGGAGGGCAGCCAAGGGGUGCAUUUGAAUUGAAACUUUUCUUGGGUAUAUAA